AAUAGUUUCUUUGGAUUAAUCAUUAUGGUUAAGCUUAAACAAAUUUUAGUUGGUUUGGUAUUUGUGUUAUUUUUGAUAAGCUGUGUUAAAGCAGAUGAUGUGGAGGUUACUGUAAGAGGACUAACCUCAAUAGCAACUACUGAUGAAAAUUUCAUAUGUGCAACUUUGGACUGGUGGCCUCAUACCAAGUGUGACUAUGGACAGUGUCCAUGGAAUCAAUCUGGAGUUCUUAAUUUGGAUUUGGGAAACAAGAUUUUGGCUAAUGCUAUGCAGGCUUUUGGUAAUUUGAGAAUAAGAGUGGGAGGAUCAUUGGAGGAUCAAGUAGUGUAUAAAGUUGGGAAUUACAUAAAGAAAUUCCCUCACUUCAAAAGAAGAGAUGGAGAUGAUUAUUUAUUUGGUUUUACUAGAGGCACUCUUCCUAUGGAAAGAUGGGAUCAACUUAAUGCAUUCUUCAACCAAACUGGAGUGAAACUGACAUUUAGCUUGAAUGCUCUGAUCGGAAAGAAAAAAGCGAAUGACGGAACAAUCAAUUGGGUCGGAAAAUGGGACUCGAACAAUGCUCGUGAUCUCAUUAAAUAUACAAUUUCCAAAGGGUACAAUAUUGAUUCGUACGAAUUAGGGAAUGAGUUAUGUGGGUCAGGAGUGUCUGCCAGGGUUGAUCCGGUUGAUUAUGGGAGGGAUAUAGUUGUUCUUAGGAAAUUAGUAAACCAAUUGUACCCGGAUCCAAAUACCAGACCUGCAGUGUUGGGUCCAGGCGGGUUCUAUGACCAACGAUGGUUCGAUACGUUCCUCAUGACUAUCGGACCUAAUGUGGUUGAUGGAGUCACCCACCAUAUCUACAACCUUGGAGCAGGUGUAGACAAGACUCUUAUUGAUAAGAUUCAAGACCCCUAUUUCUUGGACCAAGUAGCACAGACAUUCAAAAAUGUUCGGAACAGUGUGAGGCAAUUCGGACCAUGGUCCGGAGCCUGGGUUGGGGAAUCUGGCGGUGCUUAUAACAGCGGUGGCAAGGACGUUUCCCAUACUUUUGCCGAUGGCUUUUGGUACUUGGAUCAAUUGGGCAUGACUUCUACUUACAACCAUAAGGUUUACUGCAGACAAGCCUUCGUUGGUGGAAAUUAUGCUCUCCUUAAUACCACUACUUUCAUCCCAAAUCCUGACUAUUACGGGGCGUUGUUGUGGCAUCGCUUGAUGGGAAAGCAAGUACUAGCUACUUCUCAUAAUGCAUCUCCAUAUCUUAGAGCUUACACACAUUGCUCCAAGACAAAGCAUGGAUUGCAGCCUGGAGUGACUCUUCUUCUGAUCAACAUGUCAAACAAAACCAGCUACUCAGUUUCUUUGGUAAAUGAUGACAAUUUCUACCCAAGCAAUUCUCCAAAUCAGUACACUAGUUCAGGAUUUGAACAAAGAGAAGAGUAUCAUUUGACACCAAAAGAUGCAAAUAUUCAAAGUGAUGUCAUGCUGCUCAAUGGAACUCCAUUGCAGCUUACUCAAUCAUUAGACAUUCCUGAAAUGCAACCGCGGCUUGUUGAUCCGUCGUCUCCAAUCACCGUCGCUCCUCAUUCCUUCGUUUUUGUCACCAUUAAAGAUUUUAAGGCCCCUGCCUGUGUCUAGACUGAAUCAGGCUUAGAGAAAACAAUUGUACAUAUUGCGGUUACAGAGCUAUAGCUCUAGUUAUAGUACGACUAGUGACAUUCAAUUUGUUA